AUGAACCACCUAAUUCAUCUUAAACAUCAAGAUCGCAUCGGAUGGAUUGGCCUCGGUGAGAUGGGCUACUAUAUGGCCAGCAAUCUUCAGCGUUAUCUUGCUUCACUUCAUCUGAACAUGAUUGUUUGGAACCGCGACCCAGCUAAAAGUGCGAAGCUGCGACAUCAUGGAGUACAUAUUGCUAAAUCAAUCGAAGACUUGGUUGCUCAGAGUAACAUUAUCUUCACAUCGUUGGCAAACGAUGCAGCUGUACAAGAGGUUUAUACACAGCUUAUCGAUUUGGCAAACCAGGUAGAGCACCCCAUCAUUUUUGUGGAGACUUCAACCAUCUAUCCUGCACUGGCUACUGAGCUUCAAAAGCAACUCGCAGCCUGUCCACAAAAGCACACAUAUCUCCAAUGCCCUGUCUUUGGCCGUCCACCGGUGGCGAAGGCUGCUAAAUUGAUUUGGGUCACCAGCGGUGGAGACGAAAAGAUCAUCAAGAAAAUGUGUCUUUACUUCACAACCAUGUCCAAGAGCAUCAUUCAUCUCAACACCAAAGACGUGGCUAAAGCAUGUAAUUUCAAGUUGAUCGGUAAUUUCUUCGUCGUAGGAACUAUGGAGUUGUUAGCAGAGGGUUUAACUCUGGCAGAAAAGGCCGAAGUCGAUCCACAAUCAAUUCUCAAGUUCAUUGAGGCGUUUUUCCCUGCACCUGCCUGGAUCGAGUAUAGUCGCAAGAUGGUCGAUGGUACCGCGGUCGUUCACAAAGAAGAUGGAUUUUCGGUCGAUUUGGGAUUGAAGGAUGUAGGACAUAUGAGACAGCUAGCUUUGGAAACAGGAGCAUCAUUGCCGACAGCUGAUUUGGCGUAUAAUCACUUGAAGGCUGUACAUGACCAAGGACUUGGAGAUAUGGACUGGAGUAGCUUGAUCAAUUCUCUGCGAUCAGCCUCUAAACUGCCCUCAAUGGAGGAGACACAACUAACCAAGGGCGAGAAACAAUGAAGCAAAAAGACGACGAAAUAAGGACGUG